AUGAGUGGUUCUCAGGAGCUCAGUGAAUUCAAGCGUGGUACCGUGAUAGGUUGCCACCUACGCAAUAAGUCCAUCUGUGAAAUUUCUUUGCUACUAAAAAUUCCAUGGUCAACUGUUAGUGGUAUUAUAACAAAGUGGAAGAAACUGGAAACAACAGCAACUCAACCACAAAGUGCACAUGCUGCAAAAGUUGCCAAUGGUCUGCAGAAUCAAUAGCUAAAGACCUCCAAACUUCAUGUGGCCUUCAGAUUAGCACAACAACAGCGCGUAGAGAGCUUCAUG